CAGACGAUCCUUUCACCUUGGCUGUCCAGGAGUAUUGUCUCAUCUCUCUCUGUCUCUCUCUGUUUCCCCUUCUUGCCCUGAGGAGGAACAAUGGCUCAAAAAUCAGUCAGAGUCUCUAAGAAUUUUAGCACCUCUUCAGCUGUUAUCCCAGGUAGCCGAACUAGCUUCAGCACGGUUUCGGUCUCCCGGGGAGGUGGUGCAGGCCUUGGACGUAUCAGUGGUGGCUUUGGCAGCAGAAGCCUCCAUGGCUUUGGAGCAAGUAAAAGAAUCUCCAUGGGUGGCUACCGUACUACUGCCAGAUCUGGAUAUGGUUAUGGAUUAGGUCAUGGAGGAGUUGGGUACCGGAUUGUUGGUGGUGGUGGCUAUGGCUAUGGAGCUGGCGCUGGUGGCAUCCAUGAGGUUACCGUCAACCCAAACCUCCUGGCGCCUCUUAACUUGGAGAUUGACCCCACCAUCCAGAAGGUGAGGAAGGAAGAGAAGGAGCAGAUCAAGACACUCAACAACAAAUUUGCCUCCUUCAUUGAUAAGGUCCGUUUCCUGGAGCAACAGAACAAAGUGCUAGAGACCAAAUGGAGCCUCUUGCAGGAGCAAAAGAUCACCCGGCGUAACCUUGAGCCUUUAUUUGAGUCAUACAUCAGUGGUCUAAAAAAUCAGCUGGAUCACAUUCUGGGACAGAGACCACAAUUAGAAAUGGAAUUGAAGAACAUGCAGGAUACAGUGGAGGACUUCAGGAUAAGGUAUGAAGAGGAAAUCAACAAGCGCACAAGUGCAGAAAAUGAUUUUGUGGUGCUCAAGAAGGAUGUGGAUGCUUCCUUUAUGAACAAGGUUGAGCUACAAGCCAGAGCGGAUUCCUUAGCUGAUGAAAUCAACUUCUUGAGAGCUUUCUAUGAAGAAGAAUUAGCCCAGUUGCAGGCCCACAUUUCUGACACCUCUGUCGUUCUCCAAAUGGACAACAACCGAAACCUGGACCUGAACAGCAUCAUUGCUGAGGUCAAGGCUCAGUAUGAAGACAUUGCCAACCGAAGCAGGGCUGAGGCAGAAUCGUGGUAUCAAAGCAAGUAUGAAGAAUUGCAGCUUUCCGCUGGAAGGCACGGAGAUGAUCUGCGCAAUACAAAGACUGAGAUCUCCGAGCUGAACCGCAUGAUCCAACGACUCCAUUCCGAGAUCGACAAUGUGAAAAAACAGUGUGCCAGCCUGCAGGCAGCCAUUGCCGAUGCAGAGCAGCGUGGAGAACUUGCCCUUAAAGAUGCCAGGAUAAAGUUGGCCGAACUGGAGGAGGCGCUAAUGAAGGCCAAGGCGGACAUGGCUCGCCAGCUUCGGGACUACCAGGAGCUCAUGAACGUCAAACUGGCCCUGGAUAUUGAGAUCGCCACCUAUAGGAAGCUGCUGGAAGGGGAGGAGAGCAGGCUUGCUGGAGAGGGAGUUGGCGCUGUAAAUAUCUCUGUGGUCCAUUCAUCUGGAGGCAUGAACUACGGCGGUGGAAGUGCCAUGGGCCUUGCAGGCGGCGUCGGCCUUGGCUACGGAGGAGGCCUCAGCACUGGAGGCAGCAGUUUCACCUCUGCUGGUGGCAAGGCGCUAUCUGGGAGCAUGAGUUCAGCCCGGGGUAGCAGCUCCAGUAUGAAGAUUGUGUCGAAAACCUCCACCACCAGAAAGAGCUACCAGAACUAAAGGCAUCCUUGGCUAAGUCAGGGGUGGAGAUACCUGUGGUCCUCCAGGUGUCGCUAGACUCCAACUCCCAUCCGGUACAGCCAGCAGUGAGGUCUGAUGGGAGUUGAAGUCCAACAACUGGAGGGCCACCAGUUCCCCCAUCCCUGGAAGUAGUCAAAUUAGGCAAGGCUGACUCGCAGGGGCAAACUAGACAUAAGAGUGAUGGGUCCCACUCAGUGAACAAGCUGGAAGGGAGAAAUACAGAGUGGGAUGGAGAGAGAAAAGAGGGAGAUCUACGCAGGUAUAUCAAUGCAGUGCAUGAGAGAUGAAGUAAUGAGAACACCGCUUGCAUUUUCAUUGUGCGAUCUUCCUGAUCCAGCAGUUCUUACCAGACAUUACAGGUGAUCUAAAGUGCUUAUUAACAGCUUCUCAAUGGCAAAUUUUACACCCACAAUUCCAGAGUUUCUGUUAGGAGAUAUUCCUAGCCCUAUCUGGGUUGAAACUGGUAUCUUCUGCAUGCAAAGCCGCUGAGCUGUGGCCCUCCCUGAACUCCCAGAGUUCCCUGGGAAGAUGGGUUGCUUGUUAAACCCCUCUGGUAAUUGUAUUUCUGUGAGGAGAAUACGUGUCUCCCAACAAUUCGCAGCACCCUUAAAAAACCCACAGUUUCCAGGGGAAAGCCAUGACUGUCUACAGUGACACAACACUGAUUAAAUGGAUAGCACAGAUGGGGCUGCAUCUGCUAGGGUUGCCAUGCAGUGGUCAAUUCAGAUUUACGAUAUGAAAAUAUAACUGAUAUUCUUAGUUACUUCAUCACCACUCAUGCAUUGCACUGAUGUAGUUAUGUAAUACCUCUGCCAUUUACUCUUCCUCCCACUCUGACUAUCAAAAGAUGUGAGAUCUGUUCUCCAUAGGUAUCAGGAUUGGAGAACACACACAGGGCAUCUGUCUAUUCUAUAUAUUUCACUGUGCAUCACGCAGUUCUGCCAUUACCAUUUACUGUGCUUUUCAUUAGCUAACCAUAUGUUUUUUAAGUACAUUUUUAAUUUUCACAUCUGCCAUAAAGUACACAUUGACGUUAUAAUGCAUUAAUGCAUUAAUUGUCCCCUAAUAAAAGCAACUCAUUACUUUCUGAAAAUAAUGGGCAUAAUAUGUAUGUUUCUUCUGACAAAUUAAUGGGAUGGGGACCUGUGGUCUUGUUUCCUUCUAUAGCUAACAAUACUUUCUUGUGUGUGCGUGUGGCGGAAGAGUUGCAGGGCAAAUGUUAAAGGCUUAAACCACUUCCCUCUACACUGUAAACCUGAUUCAGUUCCCCCUUAAUGUAGUCAUUAAAAUAUAAUCAGGAAAUCAAGUAGUGGAUUUCCCUUUCCAUAUUUAGUUUUACCCUUAAGAGUGAUUGGGUAAUGCUGCAUAAAAGCCAACCAUCAUGGGAUGACGUUCAUUCUUUCCAUGUGAAAUACCUUCCAGAGGAAAUAAAGAAGGAUUGUCAUUUGUAAUUUUGGUUUCCAUAAAACAUAUUGGGUCCAUGAACAUUUUUAUUGGAAGGUUUUUCUCUGGAAUAAUGCAGAAAACACAAACCCUAUCUAUAUAAAAUUUGGGAAAUUUGAAUGCUCUUCCAAAGACAAACGUGUUUCAUUUUUUUUAUAUAUAAUAUUUAUUGCAAAUUUUAAACAAAAGAGAAGCCAACAAACAUGUACAAUACUAUCACCAUACAACAAGACAAAAAAAGAAGAACAAAAGAAGUUUAGAAAGUAAACAUAAAUAGAAGAGAAAGAAAAAAAGAUACAUAAAAAUCAAUUUAUCCAUAAAUCAUAUUUCCAUAAUCUUUGGACCUCCUCACAUCCCCCUUUCCUGCGUUCUCACUCAUAUAGUUAUAAACAGCAAUUUAUUACCUUGUUUCGAAUCUUAUAGAAGACAAACGUGUUUCAGUGGUUCACUGAAAACAUUCUCGGUUUUCUAACAACUUUGGGAUUAGGAAGCAGAAAUCAGGAAAAAAUGAAGAAAUUGUUUCAGUGUUUGCAGUAAAAAUAGUAGAAUUCUUUUGUGUUCUUUGUUGCUGUUUUCAAAACAAUAACACGUCGACAGCUUAGCUGGCUUUACCUUGGCCUUGGGUCAAUUAAUUUCCCCAGAAUGUUAUGCCAUUAUGUAUAAGAGCCUGGAAACAAGUAUCAACACCAGAAUGAUCUUUGCAUAAUCAAUAUGUAGCAGAAUCACCUGGAAUAAGCAAAAGGGUCAUAUCAGUUUAUUGGCUCCAUGACUGAUGGCUCCUUGUAAGGAAAGGAGAUGUAUUUCUGGUCUAUAAUUGUACUCAAACCACCACAGCACUUGUAUACUUUUGUGUUUAUGUUGAAGUCUUUCCAAUUUCAUGCCAUCUCCGUAAUAAAACUGCUGUCGAUCUAA